GUCCGCCAGUCCGCUUUCACGCAACCACGACGCACAACGUGUUAACACGCUGCGUAUUGAACUAAACACAGUGUGCCUUAGUUAACACUUAAACAAAGUUACAGGAAGUGUGAGUGAUUAGUUCAAGUGCACCGACAACGAGUUUUCUUAAAUUGUGAAAUUACUGUUCUUGUUUUAAUUGUUCUUUUGUUGGAAACGAUAUCUUCUAUGGUCCAAGAGUUCCCUGAACCAACGCCGUCCAUCACGGCUUUAAAUUAAACAAAUAGCGAGCAUGAGUUUAUGAGGGUAGCGACAGGCGGCGACAUGGCGCGGCGGGGCGCGUGCGCGGUACUGGCGCUCGCGCUGCUCUGUCCCCUCGCGCACGGCCGGCACGACGACGACUUCGCCUUCGACAACAACGAUGACUCGCAGGUGGACAUCUCAGAUAACCAAACACCACAGUCAAACGGCCUAAAGAGGUUAUGGGGUGUCCCGGACACGGCGGCCUACGUGGGACACCUGUUCCGCAUGGAAAUACCUAAAGAAGCAUUCUCCGGAGAUGUCCAUACGUACAAAGUACGCAGCGACCACGGGCGGCUGCCGGGCUGGCUGGCAGUAGACUCCAAGCACGGGCUCAUCAGCGGCAUCCCUCAGGCGGAGGACCUCGGGGCCCACUCCUUCACCGUCACCGCCCACGGCCGGGCGCCGGGUGUGAGCGCCAGUGAUACCUUCACUGUUGAGGUGAAGAAAUCGGAAGACAAGCCCCAGUCCAAGUACGGCACGUGCAGCCCCGGGCAGAGCCGGCUCGUGCUGGUGCUCCUCGUGGACGCCAACUUCCACCAGCUGCCGCCGCGCCAGCGCAUCCGCUCGCUCAUGGACCUCGCCAGCUUCAUGGCUCUUGACGGGGACGAGUUCUCGAUCGCACCUCUAAAGGCUGACUCUCUGAAAGACAACACCGUUCUCAUGAGUGGACCAGGACUGACCACCAAGAGGAAAGGAUCCUCUACUACUGCCAUUUACUUGAACGUGGGUUGCGGCGACAAGCUCUGGCCCCGCCACAAGGUGCUAGUGAGCGGUGUCCGCGAGCAGUGUCGCGACGGCACCAUCGCGCAGCUCACGCGGCUGCCGGUGCUCGGCUGGAGGCUCGUCACUGUGCGCGCGCCGCCACGACUGCUGAAGAGACAGUUGCCAGUAACAAGCGAGGGCUCCGGCUGGGACGACUACGCUGAUGGUGAAGACGACGGCGACUACAGCGGCUACGGUGACGAUGAAGACGACUACGGCAAGGCGGACUUCAGCCCGGUCGAUGACCCCGAUGACAAGGUCCGUAUCGAGCCGUUCGCUUCAGAGACGAACAACUUUGGCUCAUCGCAGAGCCCGCCUGUCAACCCUCGAGUACUCAUUGUGCCAGAUGAAACCCCGACGUCUACGGAACAGGAGACGCAAACAGUAAUAAUACGCGCGUCCAACGAAAUACCGACCUCGCCUUCGCCGCCUACCGUCGCUUCACCGCCACCCACCGAGCCUACAACCCAGCCCACCACCGUCGUCACUACGCCGGCGACUGUCCCGACGACGCCGACGACAAUAGCGCCACUGACGUUGCCGCCGACGACGCAAGCGACAACGCUGCCGCCACCGCCGCCGCCUCCGCCGACCACCACAGACCAGCCGGAAACUACUUUACCGGAAGUCACCACGCAGGAAACGGAGGUAUUCACGGAGCGCACCAGCCCGAUCUCCGGUCAAACCACGGAGACGGUGACCCUCACCUCGUUCCCGCUGCCGAGCGCCGCCGCCAACCAGCCGCCCUCGCUCAAGCACCACAUGAAGAAGCUCGCCAUCACCGCCGGGAAGGCUUUCAGAUACAUAAUCCCAGCGGACCUGUUCACGGACCCCGAGGACGGCAGCUCUCUCUCCUUCACGAUGUUCGAGGCAGACAGCGCGCCGCUCAGCAACCACUCCUGGAUACAGUUCAUGCCGGACAAGCGAGAGGUCUACGGACUGCCGCUAGAAUCCCACGUGUCGCGUUGGAACUUCAUUGUAGAAGCCAAAGACAGCGAAGGUGAAGUAGCUCGCGGCCCUCUAGACAUCACCGUGCAACAACACAAGGGCGCUCGCACGAUCAACCACCAAUUCAUCAUACAGUUCAAACUGAACAAGACUUUCCAACACUCGAUAGACUGGCAGAUCAGCGCGCUAGAAGGCCUGGUCAACCUAUUCAGAGACACGGAUAUGGAUCAUUUGACUGUGUUAAAUGCGACCCAGGCCGGUGAUCUUUGCGAGUUUGUUUGGACGAACGACACGCUUCCGAAAGAUCCGGGGUGCCCGAUGGACGAUAUUAAUAGGCUGAUGAAGAUAAUGGAGUCCGACACAGACGUAGGAUCGCCAUCAGCUGGUCUCACCCGCGCCAUGACGCCUGAUCUCAAAGUAAGCCGCGUAUGGUGGCGCGGCCUUGGCGCGUGUGAAUCUGCGGCGGCGCCCCCGCCCCCCGCGCCCCCCGCGCCCGCGCCCGAGUCCUACCCCCCCGUCACCCGCAACCAGGUCGACCACCUCACCGCGACCGUCGGACAUCUGCUCGUUUAUAAAGUGCCUGAGGACACAUUCUACGACCCCGAGGACGGCAACACGCGGCGGCUGCGGCUGUCGCUCCGCUACAGCGACCGCUCGGAGCUGCCGCGCGCCCACUGGCUGCAGUUCGACGCCAACAACCAGGAGUUCUACGGACUGCCCGCCGGCAGCGAUGUGGGGAGCACGCAGUAUCAACUGGUGGCCGAAGACAGCACAAAGAAGAGUGCGUACGACAGCCUCAUAGUAGAAGUGGUGAAAGCGCCCAAGAUCAGUCCUCCAGUCGAGUUCCAGAUGACGAUGGACUACCCCUUCCCCAUGCUCGCCUAUAACGCCAAUACUAAGAGGAAGGUGGUCGAGAAACUAGCGCAAUUGUUCGGACAGACGGAUACUGAGUCUAUAAGGAUACAGAAUAUUACGGAUAAUCCUACUACUAUUAUUUGGUACAACACUAGCCUCCCAAUGGACAGGUGCCCGACGCCAGAAAUCGAAGAGCUACGCAAGAUGAUAAUCGUAGACGAGCGGAACAUACACGAAAACGUCGACCAAGUCUUCGACAAAGACUUCAAAGUCAUGUCCAUAAGACUGAUUAUGCUGGGCCUGUGCGCUGAACAGAAUACGAAGGUGGUGAAACAGAUGCCGCCUCCCUCUGGCACGAGCAAAACGCUGCAGAAGAAGGGAGAAGACGGUGGUUAUACCGAGUACUUGGUCACGUUCAUAAUACCAAUAAUUGUGGUUGUGUGUAUGAUUCUGGUGGCCGGGGUGGUCGCCUGCGUACUUUACAGGAGACGGAAGACUGGUAAAAUGAGCGUCGGCGACGAGGAAGAGCGGCAAGCGUUCCGCUCCAAGGGAAUCCCCGUGAUCUUCCAAGACGAGCUCGAAGACCAAGCCGGGACCGAGCCGCUGCACAAGAGCCCAGUGAUCAUGCGAGAGGAGAAACCUCCCUUACUACCGCCAGCACCAGACUACAGGAACUCCGCCCCCUACCGGCCCCCGCCCCCCGUCGCGCCCACCUCAACCCCGCCCCGCCCUAAGGCCACGCCCACUUACAGAAAACCACCCCCGUAUGUGCCCCCUUAAUUGGGUGUGAAAGUGGCUUAGCAGCGUACUCUAUGGUAAUAUUGCUUGUAAUCAGCAGCGGAAGAUCUUUACCGGAAAUAUGUCACCAAUGUUGGAGCUUAACUUGACUGCGAUGUCAAGGUUUGUAAUGAGAUAUUUUCUCAAAUGUGACUAGGAUAGUGCGGCACUGUAAUGUUUUAAGUCGAGUUUAGUUAUUACGUAUUAAAUAUCCGGUUUUGUAUCUGUUCAACUACAGCAAUCUGCUCACUAGUCUACAACGCAAUAUUGCCAAUAAUUCGUUUUAGUUUUCUGGACUUAUAAUCUUUAAUUGGCUAUGAGGUAGGGUGCUUUGGAAGUGUAAAAAAUACGAGCCUUUUUUCGAAUCAAUUUAAUUUUAUUAUCGGAAAAAUGCAUUUAAUUAAAAUUACGAUACAGUAAGUAAGUUAACCUCAUAAUAAGGAAUUGUCCGAGUUGUCGUGAGUACGAAUUUCACGUUUUUACUAUACUUAUAUCGUCACGAGUUACUAUAAUAAUCAUGUGUACAUUGUUGAUGCGUAUUUGUUUCGAUUAAAACUGUCGACACAAUGACGUAAGUAAGAGCGUUAUUGUCGACGUAGUGACAUUAGCUCGUAGGGUAAGCGACAUUAUAACGUUUAUUUGCUAAAAUCAAAAUGCAAUUAGGUAAAUAUUACAAAUCUACACACAGGUGACCUAAUCUGGAUUGCGAGUCCAAUUUAAUAUUCUAUAAAGAACCUACCUGUGGAACCAUUUAUAAAUAACAUAAUAAUAACCGUAACUUAUUUGGUAAAUACCAACAGCAGUGGAUGGAGUGGCUAUAACUGUGCCAUUAUUUAAUAAUUGUUAUUUAAUUAUGUAACUUAAAUUAAAACAUAUCGGAUACUAUGGUAAAACGUAUUAGCCUUUAGUGUAGUUCUUCCAUGAAUAACGAUUAGAUGUGCGACUGAGCAUAGACAUGUGAAAAUAUUUCGUACUUACUCGGUGUUGCGAUUUGGACUUUAAAUCAAGGGUAUUUAGAUCAAUUAGCUAAAAUAUCAAAGACAAUUAUCAAAUAUGACUGUCUCAUCUAUAAAACUGCCACUUUAGAUUUUUCUUUUCUGUAUCUAUUUGAAUUUAGCUAAUUGGUUUAAUGGUAUCUUUAAUAUUAUAAAUAUAUAAUCGAAUGUAACUUAUGUUGCGGCGACAUCGACUCGUCUUACGAAUUAACUGUAUUAAACGUUGGUGAAUACUGUUUACAGUGAUUGGUUUGCAUUUUGCCGGUGUGUACACUAUAAUUACAAAUAACAAUUAUACAACUGACUCUAGAUCUAGGCUAACGUAUAGAUAUUUUUAAGAAUGAAAUAUCAUUUUGUACUUGUCUAAUUAUUACCAUAGGGAGUAAGGUUAACACUGUGUAGCUAUAGGACUAAACGAAAUGAGCUAAGUAUAUAAAUUUUCCUUUGGAUGUAUUUUUUUCUAUAUACUCAUUUAGAGUUUGCAUUUAUAGAUCUUUUUAGUAUAUAAUUAUUAUGUACUAUACACUUUUAAAAACGGCCUCUAUAUCUUUUGUUUAUUCUUCUUGAAUACUUUACAUAUUGUUUUUUAUUAUUAUUGUAUUGGGUGUACUUAAAUGUCCAUUGACUAUAAAAAAUAACCGGACCAUUUAUAUUCCAUUUGGAGGCUUCUGUGGCAACUAUUAUUUAUGUCUCAUUAACGCACAUAAUUAUGAUGUAAUUAAUGAGCUUUUUUAUUUUUAAAUGGAUAAAUAAAAUGUUUUAGCGAA